UCUUAUCGUACCAAAUAUAAAGAGUCUCUUCCGACUUAAUCAGAUAUUUUGAAUUAGAACCAAAUUUUAUUAGAGUUUUUGAGUUCGAACUCAGUUUUAAGUUCGGUUAACCAGAACUCCUGAGUUCGAACGAAGUAGUGUAGUGUGUUAUAUGAAAUUUUAUUUUUAUAUGAUAGAUGUAAUGACAUAUAUUGACAUGUCAUUUUCCGUUUCUUUCAGAUCCCAUGUGAGUCUCUCUUGAAGGACGAGACCCUCCAACCAUAAGCCAGACAAGUUCAUUGUUCACACACUCUCUCACUUCAAUUCUAUAGUUAUAUUCUUGCUCAUGGUUUUUUAGCACUACCACAAAGUGGUUUUCACUCAGAGAAUUUUUCAUGCUUUCUCUUUUCAAUGGUGUUUUUGAAAAAUGUUGCAAUUAUCUUUGAAUGCAAUGAUGAGACAAAUCCACAAGGAGGUGCCUAAUCUCAAGUGGGGUUAAAGGCUAAAGCUAAAGUUCCAAGCUUAUGAUUUGCAAGUGUUGCUUUCAAGAGAGAAAAAAGGAGCUUUUUUUGGUUGGUCCCUGGUGUUUUUGAGAAGCUUUUGCAAUUUGCUCACAAGGUGUUUGUUAUUAUGUCUGAGAAGUGUUGGUUUACAUUGAAAUUGAAUUUUAGUCAAAGGGAAUAUCCAGAUUUGCUUGCUUGAGUUCAAAAUCUUUGCUUAGAGGGUUUGGAUUAAGUCAAUUCUCAAGUUAGAUGUUAAUCAUUUUGGCCAAUGAACAUCAUUGGAGGUUAAGAAAGUUGUGCUUUAACUCUAAUUCUCACCGAAAGGGCGAUCGACCUAGUAAUCUGGAGUUUGGCCGAGAAGUAUGUAAUGUCUGUCUGACCAAAGAUUGUUUCGGUUAGAUUCGAGUUUUGAUUUUUUAAGUUUGAUUUGAGAACAAAGAUGAAAUCUUUGAGUAGUGUAGGACUUGGUCUUAGUAUUGUUUUUGGUUGUCUUUUAUUGGCUUUAGUAGCUGAAGUUUACUACUUGUUAUGGUGGAAGAAAAAGAUAAUCCAUAGAGAGAUUGAAAAUGACUAUGGAAAUGGAAACCCUUUGAAAGAGAUUUUCUACAUGUUUUGUUGGAAAAGACCAUCAUCAAGUUCUAUGAGACACACAGGUUUUACUCCACCAGAGCUUUGUUCUUCAAUGAGAACUAAUGGCAAUUUUGUCCAUGACCCUCAAGUACAAACUAGCAAAGAGUUUCUAUUCAAGCCCUACGGCGAAGAUUCCGUCGAAGCAGAGUACAUGAUGCAACAUCAUCUUCACGGCGACAGCGUUUUAGGUCAUCCGCGAAUUCUGUUCACGAUAGUUGAAGAAUCGAAAGAGGAUUUGGAAUCGGAAGAUAGUAAAUCUAGAUGUGAAAACAAAAAUGGAAAGGAUUCAAGAAGCUUAGGGGAUUUGUUAGAUGUGGAAACACCAUAUUUGACACCUAUUUCAUCUCCACAUUUUUUCACUCCUACUUUCACUCCUAACAUCAAUAUUAGUCCCUAUAAUCAACACGGAUUCAACCCUCUUUUCGAAUCAACAACCGAUGCAGAGUUCAAUAGAUUAAAGUCAUCACCUCCUCCGAAAUUCAAGUUCUUACAAGAAGCAGAAGAGAAGCUUAGAAGAAAAUUGCAAGAUAACAACAACGACGACGACAAGGGUUUUAACGGAAACGAAGUUGAUGACUCUCUCAUUACAAUCGUUGUUGACAAGAGUUACGAAAGAGAGGUUAAUCAUAAUCAUCAAUCUCAUCUACAGCAGCACCAUUCAAGUACAUCACAGGUACUUCCCUUAGCCUCUUGACACAUUCAUCUCUCAACCGAAAUUGAUUCUCCUACAGCCGUUGCACAGUGCUGUAGUCGUAGAGACGGAUAGAUUUAGCGAGGGAAAAUUCCAGCUAACCCUCGAAGUUCUGUCGAUUAAAAGAGUCUGUUUAAUUUUUUUUUUUCUUCCUUAGUUAAUCUUCCUAAUUACAUUCUGAACAAUUCCACUUUUUUUAUAAGUUUGGAAUUUGUUUCUGAAUGCAGCUAUAGUUAAAUCUGUCAAAUGAUGUACUCAAAUGUUUCAAAAAAAAAAUGGGACAAUGAAUGUUUAUUAAAACUUCCAUGCUUACCAAUAUUUUUGCUUCUUAUUACUAGUGUAUCUGACAUGACAGUGUCAUAAAUGAUAAAAAAUUUAGUGAUGAGAAAGAUGGUCCUACUCUUGUAUGCAUAUGUCUGAAGGACAUUGAAGGGUAUUUAUUGUUUCAUUUUCUUCUUUUUACAUGGCUGUGAAUGAGACAUAGUUUGAAUCAACUUUGUCUAAUGUCAUGUUUUGUUUCAAAAAUGUAAUUCAAUCGCAUCAAAAUUGAACAGUCUGGAUUCACAAUAAUGUGAACACUAGCAUGGAGAGAUAUCUUGAAUCAACAAGU